UAAUGAUGUCAUCAUUGCAACGCUUCCAUUGCAAUUUCAUCACGUUUCCGUGGCUUUAGCACGUUGUGAAUUUCCUCAAGUUUUUUUUUAGUGAUAGAGGAUGCAGAUUACUUACUGGAAAGUGGCCAUCUACGUUGUCACUUUCCUGGCCUAUGCAUAUUCCGGCUAUGGAUCCAAUAUCAUCUCCAGCCUUCGAGAAUCUCUUCUGGCUGCAGAAUCCGUGCUUGGAGAUGUCUUCCGGAAUCUCGGGCCAUUAGCUCAGAAAUUCAAGACUGUCCAGGAGGUGUUUGAUGCAGCUGUUGAGCCAGAUUGUAUCUUCAAGUGUCCAGGAGGUGAAUCUCCCAAGCAAAAUUGGUACUAUACUCCUUCAUCCAAUGGCUGCGGGGCCCUAGGGCUGAAAGUUGACAAAGAGUAUUUACCAGCAGCUGAAAUGGAAAAGUGCUGUGAUGCCCAUGAUCUCUGCUAUGAUACCUGCAACACGGAUAAGGAACUCUGUGAUGCUGACUUCAAGAAAUGCCUCUAUCGUCAUUGUGAUCAGUAUGAAGCGCUCGGAGAGCUUCCUGCGAAAGGAUGCAAAGCCGCAGCAAAGAUGCUGUUCACCGGAACGCUUACACUGGGCUGUCGGGCGUUCCUGGACGCUCAAACGAGGAGCUGCUACUGUUCGGGAUCUGGGAAAAGGGGAAGGAAGGGAGAAUUGUAAGUGCCAAAGAAUAAAAGAUAAUUUUAGC